CCUGCAUCCGGGCUUGCAGGGGCUGCUCUGAAGACGGGCGAGCAGCAUGGACGCCCACGGCGAAUCCCAGUCUGACGCGAGCUGUUCGUCGUUUUCCCGGGACGGCUCCGGGGUCUCGGUGUCCAGGGAGCUGCUGACGGCGGGCAGCGGCGGCCGCGGAGGUAUAUGGGACAGGUUGCUCAUCAACUCCAAGCCUAAUUCCAGAAAGAAUUCCACUCUUCAAACAGUUCGGAUAGAGAGGAGUCCCUUAUUGGACCAAGUACAGAGCUUUCUCCCACAGAUGGCUCAGGCAAACGAAAAGCUAAGGAAAGAAAUGGCAGCUGCACCACCUGGUCAUUUCAAUAUUGAAAAUAUUGACGAGACUCUCGGAAAAGUUAUACAAGUGGAUGUGGCCUUGUUUGAGAUGAAUCAGUCUGAUUCAAAAGAAGAGGACAGUUCAGAAGAGAAUUCACAAGACAGUUCAGAGGACAGUUCAGGAUCUGAGGAUGAAGAUGAUAGCACCUCUUCUGAAGGUGAAGUCACCAUCGAUACCAUUAAGCUUCCUCAUUCAGAAGAUGGAAAAGGCAAAAUAGAGGUUCUGGACCAUCCUGCCAGUGAAAAGAAAGAAACAGGGAAAUAAACAAUCUGAGAAACAGG